AUGGUCGCCUUCACUGUGCUCUCCCAGCUCCUCCUCGCCGCCUCCGCGCUCGCCGUGCCCACCUCGAGUGAGCGCUUCGCGUCCCGCGCCGCGCGCCGCGCCGCCGGCCUCAACCGCCAGUCGCGGCCCAAGAUCGCCUCGUCCGGGCUCUCGGCCGAGUUCACGAACAGCUCGAACGUCGACUACAGCAGCAACUGGUCCGGCGCCGUCCUCGUCGCGUCCACGGCGACGUACAAGUCCGUUACGGGCACGUUCACCGUCCCGAGCCCCAAGGAGCCCUCGGGCGGGUCGGGCGAGCACUCCGCGUCGGCUUGGGUCGGCAUCGACGGCGACACCUGCGGGACUGCGAUCCUCCAGACCGGCCUUGACUUCACGAUCUCGGGCUCGAGCGUGAGCUACGAUGCCUGGUACGAGUGGUACCCCGACUACGCGUACGACUUCUCCGGGAUCUCCUUCUCCUCCGGGGACACCGUCACCGUCACCGUCACCGCGACGUCCAAGACGGCGGGGACGGCGAAGAUCACGAACGUCUCGACGGGCAAGUCCGUCUCGCACUCGUUCUCGGGCCAGCCGAGCCUGUGCGAGUACAACGCGGAGUGGAUCGUCGAGGACUUCGAGGAGGGCUCGUCGCUCGUGCCGUUCGCGAACUUCGGCACCGUCACCUUCACGAACGCGAAGGCGACGACGAACAGCGGCUCGACGGUGACGCCCUCGGGCUCGGACCUGAUCGACAUCGAGCAGAACGGGAAGGUGCUCACGUCGGUGUCGACCUCGGGCAGCACCGUCACCGUCAAGUACACCGGGUAA